UGUUCCAGCAGAGAACAGUGGACAGCCUGUGGGAUUCUUCUAGGGAACCAGUGCUGCGUCCUUUCCACCAUGGCACCCAAGAAAGCCAAAAAGAGAGCAGAGGGUGCCAAUUCCAAUGUGUUCUCCAUGUUUGAACAGACCCAGAUCCAGGAAUUCAAGGAGGCCUUCACCAUCAUGGACCAGAACAGGGAUGGUUUCAUCGACAAGAACGAUCUGAGGGACACCUUUGCUGCCCUUGGGCGUGUGAAUGUGAAAAAUGAGGAAAUCGAUGAUAUGAUCAAGGAAGCCCCAGGUCCCAUCAACUUCACGGUGUUCCUAACGAUGUUUGGGGAGAAACUUAAGGGGGCAGACCCCGAGGAGACCAUUCUCAAUGCGUUCAAAGUGUUUGACCCCGAAGGCAAAGGAGUGCUCAAGGCUGAUUACAUUAAGGAGAUGCUGACCACGCAGGCGGAGAGAUUUUCCAAGGAGGAGAUUGACCAGAUGUUUGCCGCCUUCCCCCCGGAUGUGACUGGCAACUUGGACUAUAAGAACCUGGUACACAUCAUCACCCACGGAGAAGAAAAGGACUAAGGGGGGGCUCACCGCCCAACCUGGGCUUGGCUUUGUGGGGGAGGGCGGUGUCCUCUCACUUCGCCCAGUGACGCCAUCCCUGCCCCUGGCCUGUUAGCUGGGUGGCUGCCUCAUUUAUCUACUUCCAUCUUCUUUGCAGCCUGGGUGGCUUAUAAAUAUCACGUGGCCACACAUCCUACACGUGGAAAUCCAUCCAGAGGGCAUGUUCAAAUAAAUAGGAGGUGGUGUCUUUGUUCA